AUGGCUUUACUAUUUGGCACUCCUAUUCAGAAGCAAUACAGAGCUUCAAGAUUCAGCUGCAGCUACUUCUUUUGCUGGGUUUUAUUUCUAAUUGUUAUUAUUCUGCCUUUUUUCCUUGCUUUUUCCACCCAUGAGUUUUGGAAAAAGCGGGAAAUUUACGAAGAACAGCCAGUAGUCCUCUACCGCAAAGAAAUCAUCAUAAUGGCUUAUACAGCAGACCAAGGCACAUUAGUUUACUCCUCACUAGCUGGCAUCAAUGAUUUAUUUUUUGAAGAUCUCUCACCAAUGCUAAUUCAGAGUUCGCUGAUUGACUAUAACUUUGACAGUAAGCCAGAUCUGUAUGAAUUCAAUAUCACUAUGUACGAAACCCCUAGCUACCUAAGAAACAUCAAAAUUAUGACUUUUUAUGACUACCGACUAAGAGAUAGGGCAAGGAUGGACAUGAUCACGAUGGGGUAUGCAGACAUUGACACUCCUAUUGGUGCCUCUACAAUCUAUAUUGACGGGUGGCUUAAUCUUAAAGAAACUCAGAAUAUCAGGCCGUCUUCAAUUGUAUUGACUACAUAUAACCAUUCAUUGAUUGAUACAACAAGUAGUGCUGAAAUGUUUUUGCCGUCAAUUAUUUCAGCAUAUAAUGAUAGAAAUGUUACGACGAGCUAUGACUAUGGAAAGCCUCUUGUAUUAUAUGGAGGGCAGACAGGGAGUAUUGAUAUAAAAAUGAAAGUAAGGAUUCCGGCAAAUCAGCCUGUCGUUUAUAGACCGGUGUUUUUAGAAACCAUGAAAUUUGCUUGGAUUCAGUAUGUAAGCUUGCUGAUCCCAGUUGCUUACGUCGUCUAUCUCUUUGCAAAUUUCGUUUAUGGAAAUCAGAUUCUUGAGGCGUCAGUGACAUAUGAUACAAAGAAAAUCGCUCCUAAUUAUUAA